GCGGCGCCCGAAGAGAAAGGAGGAGGAGGAGGAGGAGGAUGGCGCUGGAGCCGUGGCCGCAGAACUGAUUGCGCGCGCUGCGCUUGGAGGCUGCACCAGGGAAGCAGCAGCAGCAGCAGCAGCAGCAGGCGAAGCCCCUCCAGUUCUCUGGCAGCCACUUUAUUUGACCCACAAACACACACACACACAGAGACAGGCAGCUACCCACCUCUCUCUUUUAGCCCUCGACUGUCUGCUCCUAUUUGGAGUUUCCCUCUCUUUUUCUUUUAACCCUUUUUUUGCUCCUAUUUCUGCUUUACCUCUCUUUCUCUCUCUCUCUUUUUCUUUUGCCCUCCACUUCUUUCUGCCCCAAUUCCUGCCUUACCUCUGUCUCUUUCUUUUACCCUCGACUUUCUUCCCCUGUUUUUGGUUUUACCUCUCUCUCUCUUUUUUUCUUUUGCCCUGGACUUUCUGCUGCUGUUCCUCCUGCUUGGCUUUAGGGCCCAGGUGCCCUCACUCCCCUCGGGUGAGGGGUGCUGGAUGCCCCUCCUCUAGGAAAGACCCCGAGCCCCGUGGCUGCUGCUGCUGCUUCCCUCUUGGCACCAUGGACACCUCCUCCUCCUGCUGCUGCUGCUGGGCUCCCCCUCAAGCGCGCCUUCUUCCUCUUCUUCCGCUGCUGCUUCUCCUCUCGGUCGUCCUCCUGCUCUUCCCGGGCUCCCUGGAGGGCACAGGCCCGAGGGGAGGCAGCCGGAGCCCCUCCGGGAAGCGGCUCAGGGGAUGCCCGGCGCCGUGUCACUGCGAGCAGGACGGCAUGCUCUGGAGGGUGGACUGCGCCGACCUGGGACUCCGCGGCUUCCCCGCCAACCUCAGCGCCUUCACCUCCUUCCUUGACCUCAGUAUGAACAACAUCUCCAAGCUGCCCUCAAACCUUAUGCACAAUCUUCGCUUCCUGGAAGAGCUACGACUAGCAGGAAAUGGCUUGACACACGUUCCCAAAGGAGCAUUUGCUGGACUUUUCAGUCUUAAAGUAUUAAUGCUUCAAAACAAUCUGUUAAGACAAGUUCCCUCAGAGGCCUUGCAGAACCUGCGCUCUCUCCAGUCUCUGCGUCUGGAUGCUAACCACAUCAGCUUCGUGCCUCCCAACUGUUUCAGUGGCUUGGUUUCGCUCAGACACCUGUGGCUAGAUGACAACUCUUUGACAGAAAUUCCAGUACAAGCUUUCAGGAGUUUGCCAGCACUUCAAGCAAUGACACUGGCACUGAACAAAAUACACCACAUCCCAGAUUAUGCUUUUGGAAAUCUCUCCAGUUUGGUAGUUUUACAUCUCCAUAACAAUAGAAUCUACUCUCUGGGAAAGAAAUGCUUUGAUGGUCUCCACAGCCUAGAGACUUUAGAUUUAAAUUACAACAAUCUCAAUGAAUUCCCCACUUCUGUGAGAGCACUCAGAAACUUGAAAGAACUGGCAUUUCAUAACAAUAAUAUAAGGUCAAUACCAGAACAGGCAUUUGUGGGCAAUCCAUCUCUUGUAGCAAUCCAUUUUUAUGACAACCCUAUUCAGAUUGUGGGGAAGUCUGCCUUUCAGCACUUACCUGAGCUUAAAACCUUGACAUUAAAUGGUGCUUCACAGAUAACAGAGUUUCCUGAUCUGACUGGGACAACAAGUCUGGAAAGCCUGACUCUUACAGGAGCUCAGAUUACAUCUCUUCCUGAAACAGUCUGUAAUCAACUUCCCAACCUCCAAAUACUAGACCUCUCAUAUAAUCGCCUGGAAGACUUGCCCGAUUUUACUGCAUGUGAAAAGCUUCAGAAAAUUGAUUUACAUCACAAUGAAAUAUAUGAAAUACAAGUGGGUACCUUUCAGCAGCUGGUUUCCCUGCGUUCACUGGAUUUAGCUUGGAACAAAAUAUCGAUCAUUCAUGCCAAUGCAUUCUCCUCUUUACUGUCCCUAGUUAAACUGGAUCUGUCAUCCAACCUUUUGUCCUCUUUUCCUGUAACUGGCCUAUAUGGUUUAACUCAUCUAAAAUUAACAGGAAAUCAUGCACUACAAAGUUUGAUAUCAUCUGAAAACUUUCCAGAACUCAAGGUGAUAGAAAUGCCUUAUCCUUACCAGUGCUGUGCAUUUGGAGCUUGUGACAGUUACUACAGAAUCCAGAAUCAGUGGAAUAAAGAUGAGAAUAGCACUGCAGAUGAAUUUCAAAGGAAAGAUGCUGUUAUAUUCCAUGCACAUGCAGAUGACCAUGACUUUGAAGAUUUUAUUCUUGACUUUGAUGAAGAUCUGAAAGGUCAUCAUUCAGUACAAUGCAGUCCUUCACCAGGACCCUUCAAGCCUUGUGACUUCCUUUUUGGCAGUUGGCUAAUCAGAAUUGGAGUUUGGACCAUUGUAGUGCUGGCCUUUAUUUGCAAUGCAUUGGUGAUUGCAACAGUCUUCAGAUUCCCACUGUUCAUUUCUUCCAUAAAGCUGUUAAUUGGACUAAUAGCCAUUGUGAACACUCUCAUGGGUGUGUCCAGCAGUGUACUUGCCAGUGUUGAUGCACUAACCUUUGGAGUCUUUGCUAAGUAUGGUGCUUGGUGGGAAGGUGGGCUUGGUUGCCACCUCACUGGUGUUCUUUCUAUCUUCGCUUCAGAGGCUUCAAUUUUUCUGCUCACCAUAGCAGCUCUUGAGCGUGGAUUCUCUGUGAAACAUGCCACAAAGUUUGAGACAAAAUCCACUCUUGCUAGCAUAAGAAUAGCCAUUGUCUUUUGUUUUGCAUUGGCUUUAAUUAUUGCUGUGAUUCCAUUACUGGGGGGAACUGCAUAUGGAGUUUCUCCCUUAUGCAUACCUUUACCUUUUGGGAAGCCAACAGAUGUGGGGUACAUGGUAGCUCUAGUUUUAUUGAACUCUCUCUGCUUUCUUGUAAUGACAAUAGCCUACACAAAACUCUACUGCAGUUUGGAAAAGGGAGAAUUGGACAAUAUUUUGGACUGUUCCAUGGUUAAACAUAUAGCCUUAUUACUUUUCACUAACUGUAUUCUGUAUUGUCCUGUGGCCAUUUUAUCCUUUUCUUCUUUAUUAAAUCUUACUUUCAUUAGCCCAGAAAUAAUCAAGCCAAUACUUCUUUUGAUUGUCCCCCUACCUGCAUGUCUAAACCCACUUCUAUACAUACUUUUUAACCCUCAUUUCAAGGAAGACCUGGGGAGUCUUCAAAAGCAGGCAUUUGCAUGGAAAUCAAACCAUGCCAGUUUGGUCUCUGUUAAUUCAGAGGAUGCAGAAAAACAGUCAUGCGAUUCAACACAAGCUCUUGUAACUUUUGCAAGCCCCAGAAUAUCAUAUGAUAUUGCCCCCAACAAUUCACUAGUGCCAGCAUCCUAUCAAAUGAGCGAAAGUUGCAAUCUUUCAUCAGUAACAUUUGUUCCUUGUCGUUAGCUUCAUCUCUAAGGUAUCUUUGGUGUUUAUAAAAUUAUCAGUUCCAGAUUAAGGCAUUAAGUGAAUGUCUGGGCAUUUCUUAUGCAGAAAGAGAAAAAUAAUAUGUUCUGAAUGUCUUCUUUAAACCACACACAUGCGCACACACAUGCAUGAGUUUGUACACACAUUUGAUUCAAGUCUAAAACCCACUGGAGUUUACAACAUUGGCUCUAGCACUUUGCAAUAGACUGAGAAAAAAUAAGAUGAUCUUCCAGAGUUCCAAAUAAAGUAAUGAAACACUUUCCAUUCCUGGGUCUUUUUGUUGUCGAUGGUCUGUUACAGACAGCCAAAAUAAAGCUGCUUCGCGUCACAGUGGAGGUAUGGUGUUUCAAUGAUGCAUGUGUCCUAAG